AUGGAGACAGUAAUCCUCAUGUGGCAGGCUGGCCCUGAGAAUCAGGGGGCACACAGCAGGUGCUCAAGUCUUGUUUGUGUUCCCAGGAAUACCAGUGGAGGGUUUCUGAGCAUCGAUCCUACCGCCCCGGCCUGGGAGGGCACACUCACACCAGCGAAUGGAAGUGACGAGGACCAUCUUCCAAGUAACAACGUGGAAAUCCUGAUCGUGACUUUGCUGACCUUCACCUUUGCCCUGGGCGGGCUGGUGGGAAACGUGACCGUGCUCUGGCUGCUGGGCUGCCGCAUGCAGAGGAACGCUUUCUCCGUCUACAUCCUCAACCUGGCAGGAGCUGACUUCCUCUUCCUCUCCUCCCAGGUUGUAUAUGCCCUGGAGGCGCUCAUCAACUUCCAUUCGGUGUACUUUUCCAUCCCCAGAUUUUUCACCACCAUGUGGACCUUCGCCUACAUCGCGAGCGUGAGCAUUCUCAGCGCCAUCAGCACCGAGCGCUGCCUGUCGGUCCUUUGUCCCAUCUGGUACCGCUGCCACCGCCCAAGACACACGUCAACUGUGACGUGUGGCCUGCUCUGGGCCCUCUCCCUGCUGCUGAGCAUCCUGGAAGGGGAGUACUGUGGCUUCCUGUUUAGGGAUUUUGACCCUGGAUUGUGUCUGGCGUUUGAUUUCGUCAUGGCCGCCUGGCUGAUUUUCUUAUUUGUGCUUCUCUCUGGGUCCAGCCUGGCCCUGCUGACCAGACUGCUGUGGGGCUCCCAGCGGAUGCAGCUGACCAGGCUGUAUGUGACUGUGGGGCUCACAGUGUUGGCCUUCCUCUUCUGCGGCCUGCCCUAUGGCAUUCACUGGUUUCUCGUAUUCUGGAUUCAGCAGGGUUUUGAUGAGUCCCUCUGGUAUCUUUAUCUGGCUGCGCUCACCCUGUCCUGUGUCAACAGCUGUGCCAACCCCAUCAUUUACUUCUUUGUUGGCUCCUUCAGGCAGUGGUGGCCCCGGCAGCGGAAGACCCUCAGGAUGGUUCUCCAGAGGGCCCUGCAGGACGCAUCGGGAGGGGAUGAAAGCGAAGUCCGCCUGCCUCAGGAAACUCUGGCGAUGUCGGGAAACAGUCUGGCGCCCUGA